AUGUCUCUCACUUACGGAACGGGCGGCGCCACGGCCGCCCUCGGUGUGGUUGCCUUGUACAUGCUCUUCCACGGCGAAGGAGAGGCUUUCAACGUCGGAGCUUUCCUCGAAACCGUAUCACCGUACACCUGGGCUAGUCUUGGAAUCGCGCUGUGCAUCGGCCUCUCCGUAGUAGGAUCCGCAUGGGGAAUCUGGACAACUGGCGUGUCCAUCGUCGGUGGAGGUGUCAAGGCACCCCGGAUACGAACUAAGAACUUGAUCUCUAUCAUCUUCUGUGAAGUCGUUGCCAUCUACGGCGUCAUCAUGGCCAUCAUCUUCUCCUCCAAGAUGACCCAGCUUACCGACCCCGAGCUGCUCUACUCUGGAUCAAACUACUUCACCGGAUACGCCCUCUUCUGGGCCGGACUUACCGUCGGCAUGUGCAACCUGAUCUGCGGUGUCUGCGUUGGCAUCAACGGAAGCAGUGCUGCUCUGGCUGAUGCUGCCGACCCUGCACUGUUCGUCAAGAUUCUCACUAUCGAAAUCUUUGCCGCUAUUCUCGGACUGUUUGGACUUAUCAUUGGAUUGUUGAUGCAAAGCAACGCAAAGGACUUUGAAGCAGCGAUUUUGGUCGUCUCCGAGACAGCCUCGCAAGAUCCUACAACCGAUAAAUGCAUACCUACUUUAAACCAAGUCUUCGGCGAUCUCGGGAACAACCAAUGGGACAUUAGCGAAACCGAAAUCGUACCUGACAAUGCUCUUGCAAUCCAGAAGGCUAUCAAGACUUGGACUGAUGGGCCAGAGCCUGUGAACUUGAUCGUUACAAGUGGGGGGACUGGGUUUGCUACGAAAGAUGUCACUCCAGAGGCAGUUACUCCAUUGAUUGACAGACAUGCUCCAGGUCUUAUCCAUGGCAUGCUUACGACCUCGUAUGCAGUCACACCUUUUGCCCUGAUGGCACGGCCUGUUGCUGGAGUUCGAAAACGAACUUUGAUUAUGACCUUGCCUGGGUCACCAAAAGGCGCCAAAGAGAAUCUAGAAGCGGUGCUCAAGCUGCUACCACAUGCAUGCCUUCAAGCAGCUGGUGCAGAGUCACGGCCGCUCCACGCUGGUGGUGUGAAGAAACUUGAGAAAGAUGCAGGUGUCUCAUCAGGGAGUGCUCCUUCUGCUGGAACCGGAGGUGGAUGUGGACAUCACCAUCACGGACAUGGUAGUCAUGUGGGGCCAAAGGCUCAUACAAAGCCAGCAGAGCAUCCGCAAUCAAAUGAUCCUUCAGCAGGACCAACGAAGAGAUAUCGAUCCUCGCCAUAUCCCAUGUUGGCUGUCGACGCGGCCUUGAAACUCAUUGCAGAGAAGACGCCAGCUCCUAUUGUAGAGAAAGUCCCUGUAAACAUGAAGAUAGGCGGCUCCGUUCUUGCCGAGGACGUUAAGGCGGCUGAAUCUGUUCCAGCUUUCCGAGCCAGCAUCGUCGAUGGUUACGCUAUCAAGAUUCCGUCUUCAGGCAAGUUCGAGAAGGGCGUAUACCCAGUCUCGAUUAUCUCACACGCCCAACCUGGUGAGGUCAAAGAACUCAAAGAGGGUGAGAUUGCAAGGAUCACUACGGGCGCGCCACUUCCACCUGGUGCUGAUGCUGUCAUCAUGGUGGAAGAUACCGCACUCAAGACUUUGACUGAUGACGGCCAAGAGGAAAAGGAAAUUGAGAUUCUUACAGAUGAGAUUAAGGCUGGUGAGAACGUACGCGAGGUGGGUAGUGAUGUGAAAGAGGGCGAGACCAUCAUGAGAAAGGGAGAGGGCGUCACAGUCGUGGGUGGGGAAUUUGGACUUCUUGCCUCUGUUGGUACACGGGAAGUAUCGGUUUACAGAAGGCCAGUUGUUGGUGUUCUAAGCACGGGAGAUGAAAUCAUCCCACACGAGAGGGAAGGCCCGCUCCGACUAGGAGAAGUCCGUGAUACGAACCGCCCUACACUGAUUACUGCCGCCCGUAGCCACAGAUUUGAGGUCAUCGAUCUCGGCAUUGUCUCUGACAAACCAGGUACCCUGGAGCAGACACUUCGUGAUGCGAUGCGCAGAUGCGACGUAAUCAUUACCUCGGGCGGCGUUUCUAUGGGUGAACUCGACCUACUCAAGCCCACCAUUGAGCGCACCCUCGGGGGCACCAUUCAUUUUGGCCGAGUAAAUAUGAAGCCCGGUAAACCAACCACCUUUGCGACAGUCCCUGUAAAAGAUAACGACGGCAACCCUGUCAACAAAGCUAUCUUUUCUUUGCCUGGUAACCCUGCUUCAGCAGUCGUCUGCUUCCAUCUUUUCGUUCUGCCGGCGCUGCACCAACAGGCGGGCAUUAAGCCCGUGGGGCUACCGCGCGUCAAAGUGGUACUGGAAGAGGAUAUCAAGAUGGAUAGAGGAAGGCCUGAGUAUCAUCGUGCGCUUGUGGUGACCAAGGAAGAUGGGCUUUUGUAUGCGAGUUCCACAGGAGGUCAGAGGAGCAGUCGCAUUGGCAGCUUCAAGGGCGCAAACGCUCUGUUAUGUAUGCCAAAGGGGGAGGGAAGUCUGAAUAAGGGAGAGAGAGUGGAUGCGUUGCUCAUGGGUAAGUUGGGAGAGGUGGAGCGUUGA